GUCUGCCCGCUCGGAACCAAUUUGUGGCGGGGAAAAGGGGAGAUUGGCGCCGAGCGUUGCCGCCGCAGAGGACAGGCAGGGCCGCGCCGCCGCCGAGGAGGACCCGCAGGGUCGCGCCGCCGCCGCCCCAGUGAAGCGCUCCGCCUCGCCGCGGCAGUAAUCAGCGCCGCCGAGCCCCCGCGGGAACCAGCUCCGCCGAGUCGCCGGGGAACCAGAAGAGCGCCGUCGUGCGCCGGGUAGCAGCGACUUGCCGCCGCGGUCCACGGAGGAGCGCCACCCUGACCACCACGUCCGGUUUCCCAGAAUUGAAUGUUGUGCAAUGGCAGAAAUUGGAAAGAGGACACCCAAAGUUGGUAUGAGGUUCAGAGAUUCGGAAGAGGCUUGGGAGUUUUGGGUAGAUUAUGGGGGUCACAUUGGCUUCGAUGUGAGGAAAAGAUCCACAAUCAAAAGCAGAUGUGAUGGUGUGAUUACUUCACGCUGGUUUGUUUGUUCCAAUGAAGGCCAUCGAAGGAAAAACCAAACAGAUCAUGAGCCAAAGCGUAUUAGAGCAGAAACAAGAACCAAUUGUAAGGCUCAUGUGAUUGUUACAUAUGAUCGAGUUGCCAACAAUUUUGAAGUCACCGAAGUUGAUUUGGAGCACAAUCACCGCCUUCAAUUGCCACAAACCUGCCACUUGUUAGCAUCACAAAGGAAGAUUUCAGAAGUGCAAGCUUUCGAGAUAGAAACAGCCGAUGAUUCUGGAAUUAUGCCAAAAGCUUCACAUGAGUAUGCUUGUCGUCUAGUUGGUGGCCCUAACAACCUUGGUCACACUUACCGUGACCGAAAGAACCAUUUGCGAAGCAAGCGGCAGCGGGAGUUGGCUUAUGGACAGGCUGGAAGUAUGUUGAAUUAUUUUCGUGACAAGCAGGCUGAGAAUGCAGCAUUCCAAUACCAUUUGCAGUUGGAUAGUGAGGAGCAUAUAGCCAACAUAUUCUGGGUUGAUGCUAAAAUGCUACUUGACUAUGCACACUUUGGCGAUGUUGUCACAUUUGACACUACAUUUGGCACAAACAAAGAGUAUAGGCCAUUUGGUAUUUUUCUUGGGCUGAACCAGUUCAGAAAAACAACCAUUUUUGGUGCUGCAUUGAUGUUCGAUGAAAGAUUUGCUGUUGCUAUUGCGAGGUUGCAUGGAGAUUUACAGUUUGAGGAGGAGCGCAUAGUGAUAGGUGAUCCUUUGACCAAAACGGUUUCAUGUAGUUGUGGGAUGUUCAAUAGGACAGGAAUCUUGUGUGCACAUGGUCUAAAAGUGCUUGAUUUGAUGAACAUAAAGACAUUGCCGGCACAUUAUGUCUUGAAGAGGUGGACUAGAGAAGCUCGCAAUGGAAGUAUACAAGAUAGACAAGGAAGGAAUGUGGUAGAAAAUCCAAAAAUGGAAGCUGAACUUCGAUACAAGGAUUUGUCUCAUAAAUUUCACAAAAUGGCACAAAAAGCAGCCAACUCUCCACAAUGUUGUAUUCUAUUGGAUAAUGCACUUGAUUCCGUCGCUCCGCAUAUACAUGAUUUACUCAAUGCAUCCACUAGUGCCAUGAAUGAACUAUGUAAAGACAAAGAGAAUGUUGACCCAAAUGUGCAGCAAGUAGAUGAGUUGCUUAGAUCUGCACGGCUGAAGAAAAAAGAGGUUCAGUCAAAGAACUUAAGGAGAUAGAAAAUUUGGCUUGAUAAGUUACUCAAGGGGAAGCACAGAGUAACUAAAGGACCAACAAAACAGGGAGAAAAGCCACAAAGGAAGAAGGAUGGUGUGCAACAAAAGAAAAAAGAUGGUGUGCAGCCUCAAGUAGAAGUCGAGAAGUAUGACAACAACAAAGAAGUAAAUUUGGUGCUUCAAGAGUGCAAUAAUAUUAUGAGUUUCACCCAGCUCUUGACGGCUGACCAUGAUAAUCUGUUCUAGCAUGGAAGCUCCUUAGAUAAUAUUUUGUACAUGGUGGUGAUCAUGAUGAUUAUCUGUUCUAGCAUGGAACUCGUGAGAUAGUAUUUAAUACUGAAUUUCAAUCAAGUGGUACUGAAUUUGUAUUGUUAAAUUACUGCUGUUUUUUGUUGCUAUAUGACUGCUGUUUGCAUACAGUUUUUUUUGUAUAGCUAAGUUUGAAAUUUAAUACUGA